AUGUUGUGCGAGACGGAGCUCCACUACCUCCGGCAGAUCAGUGAGCUGAUUGUCAUGUUCCUCAUGCCGAGAUGCUACUCCUUGUCUCCCGUGUCUCACUUCAUGAGGGAAGUGUUGGCAUGCAAAGUGUUCCAACCAGCCAUAGAUCUGAUCACAGACCCCGACUACAUAAACCAAAAGAUCAUCCAAUACCUCGAAGCUCAGAAGGAAGUGAACGCCAUGCAUGUCAGGACCCACGAGUACGCGAAAACGUUCGAGGAUUACAUACGACUAAUAAACAGCUGUGAUAACGUUGACCAGCUGAAACGGUUACGGUCAUGUCUACCCCUCCACAAAGUGCUAGAAAGCGUGACAGGCCGGCGGUACCUAUCGAUGUUUCUGGAGACAAUGUGCUCGCAAGGCCUGGUUGGAUUCUGGAUGGGAGUAGAAGAGUUGCGGCACAGUCCAAGAAGCAGUUGGCACCAGCUUGGUGCUGAGAUCUUUUAUACGUACAUCAGAUCGCCCACUGCGGAGAUUAAGGUGGACAAGGACACGAGGAAACGAAUGGAGGCAUUUCUGCUCGGGGACAAAGGGCCUGAAGUUUUUUACGAAGUGCAAGACACUGUUGUCGACACGAUACAGGAGAAGUACUACUCUUCGUUCAUGCUCAGUGAGCAGUACAAGGCACUGAUGAUCGAGUUGGCGAACGAAGAAGCUAAUAAAGAAAUAAACGCCGAACGAUCUCCUAUAGAAGACCGGCAGUUGUCGAACGAGUCCGUGUCAUCCGCAGAGAGCGCGGCCGCGUUACACCUUACAGAGCAUUCUACAUACGCGAGGCGGAAACUAGAUCAGCUGCAGGAGAGGCAUAACAACAAGACUCAGCCCGAAUCUCGAGCUCUAGCCAUCCUUGAUAAUGAACUAGAACGCCUGACAGAGGAGCAGAUGUGGCUAGAGUCACAUCUGGCUCACACGGACACUUGGGCCGAGCAUCUUGGCACGCGGCGGGCCACUGUGCAGAGUGCCGAGAUAUUGACGAAAAUAAGUCUCCCACAGUUCGUGAUAGUAGUGCACAUGGCCGAGCAGGAAACUACCUCAAUCGAAGACGAGAGGCUCAGAGCAAAUCUCCACGGGAUGGGUUAUAUUGAGAACGCUAAAAUUGAUUUCCGAAGUACAAGCAGCGAAGCAACGAAUAGAUCGUCGACGGAUCGCGAAGCGUUCACACACUUGUCGGCAGAUGAAGAUGAGAUAUCGCUCUACCUAGACGGGAAUGGCACUGACCCCGCUAAUAAGAACAUGGCUAAUGCCAUGCGAGGUGCCGGUCCGUUGGGCGAAGAACGCGACAGCAUAGCUGAGCCUUUGUACGCGCUGCUGAGCGAAGUGUUCGACAUGCGGGGCGUAUUCCGAUGGCUCAGGAAGACUCUAGUCACUUUCGUACAAAUCACUUAUGGGAGAACUAUUAACAGACAAAUAAAAGAGACGGUGACGUGGCUAUUCUCCGAGCAAAUGCUUCACUACUACAUCAGUGUCGUCCUAAAGUCGUGGUGGCCGGGCGGCGUGCUGAGCGAGCCUGGCAACAGGAACAUGGCAGACCGAGAGCACACCCGCACGAUAGCCCUGGAACAGCUGAGCGAGACAGUAGUGGACGCGCUGUCGUCGCUAGUAGGCGCGCACGCGGCAGCUCGCGGCGCGCACAAGCUGUUCCACACGCUGCAGAACACCAAGCACAACAAGCAGCUCGCCUACCUGAGCGAGACAGUAGUGGACGCGCUGUCGUCGCUAGUAGGCGCGCACGCGGCAGUUCGCGGCGCGCACAAGCUGUUCCACACGCUGCAGAACACCAAGCACAACAAGCAGCUCGCCUACGAGCUGUUCGAGCUGGUCCUCAUGGAGGUAUUCCCGGAGCUAAAGCGCUACCACACCUAA